CGCUCGGAGCUCCGCCAUGUCGAGGUCAAGCACCGCCGGUCGGGGCUAGGGCGGGCUGGAGGCCCUGGAAGGCCUCCGGCUAUGGGUGUCACGGAGCCUUGCCCGUGUGUCAGCCGUCAUGGCCCCUCAGACAGACACUCCGGCCAGGCUGAGCUGCGACCCACCCGUGAUGGUGGUCGGGACGGGCUGUACCGCAGGCAGAGAAUCCCCUCCCUCGGCCUGCCCGCAUUGUUUGGGAUGCAGCCCUGGAUACAGCUGGCUCAUGGAAGGUUUUCUGUGCUGUAAAAGACUUAAGAAUUUACACAGCAAAAAGAGCGAGCACUAGUGUCUUAGGCAGCCGUACGCCCAUCAGAAAGAUGUCACUGUGCUAUUGGGCCUGGACAUGGGCUACAACUGGUAGUUUCUCUGAUCUACUUUCAGCAUUUAGACUACAUUAAGAGACAAUUUUCAACAUGACAUACAAGACAGUAAUUGCUGUAGUUACACCACUGUUGGAAAUGAGUUGCAAGCGGAAAGAGGAAGUGACUGUGAAUGAGAGGAACGUGAUCUUACAGAUUAUUAUGAGGGAGACCACAAAAUGAACAUGUGCAUAAAGCUGUUUAAAAAAUGUUGGAUUAGGUAAGGGAAAAAUGUGUUGUAUUUUCUGUUGUUUAAAGAAAAGUGCUCAAAAGAAAAGAGCCCAAUGACAGAAUCUCCACCUGUAGACUGACGUCUUCAGUACAAAGCAGAUUAAAGCUAUUUGGCUGAUGUCAUAUGUGCUGCUGAACAGCCAACAACUGUGUUGGAACUAAGGUCCCGUUCAUCACCUUGCUUUACAUGAUGUGUAAGGGUUGAAGCUACAGUCAUGAAAGAAACCCCAAAGGCUACAGUGACAGUGACCAGUGGCUCUCCUUGUCGAGAUUUCGUUUAAACCAAUGAGUGGCAGAAACAGGAGGGAAAAACAUUGCUUUAAAGAAAUCUGAAGAUGAGUGCCCACACGCAAACUGUGGAGAAAGGACAGAACACAACACUCCUGUGCCAGGAAAGCUAUGUUUGCAGUGGGACAGAUGAAGCAAUCUUUGAGUGCGAUGAGUGCAGGAGCCUGCAGUGCCAGCGUUGUGAAGAAGAGCUGCAUCAGCCAGAAAGGUUGCGGAACCAUGAACGGACCCGUAUAAGACCCGGCCAUGUCCCGUACUGUGACUCCUGCAAAGGUGCCAAUGGGAACAUAAUGCAUGCCAGUAUGACAGGCUCAAGGCAGAUAGCAGCAGUGAGGUGCCAGGUGUGCAAAAUCAACCUCUGUGUGGAAUGUCAGAAGAGAACACAUGCUGGGGGGAACAGAAGGAAGCACCCUGUCACCGUUUACCAUGCUGGCAAAGCCCAAGAACAGGAAGAGGAGGAGGGGAUGGAUGAGGAGUCCAAGAGAAGGAAGAUGACAGAAAAAGUUGUGAGUUUCCUCUUGGUGGAUGAAACUGAGGAGAUUCAGGUAAGGAAUGAGGAAGACUUUAUUAAGAAACUGGACUGCAGUCCUGACCAGCACCUAAAGGUAGUGUCCAUCUUUGGGAACACAGGGGAUGGCAAGUCUCACACCCUUAACCACACUUUCUUCUAUGGCCGAGAAGUCUUCAAGACGUCUCCUGCCCAGGAGUCUUGCACAGUUGGAGUCUGGGCAGCCUAUGACCCUGUCCGCAAAGUGGUGGUCAUUGAUACAGAGGGCCUCCUGGGGGCCACUGUGAACCUGAGCCAGAGAACACGGCUGCUGCUGAAGGUCCUGGCCAUCUCUGACCUUGUCAUCUACCGUACUCGUGCUGACAGGCUCCACAAUGACCUCUUCAAGUUCCUUGGUGAUGCCUCAGAGGCUUAUUUAAAACACUUCACCAAGGAGCUAAAAGCAACCACAGCGCGCUGUGGCCUAGAUGUUCCUCUGUCAACUUUGGGUCCAGGUGUCAUCAUCUUUCACGAGACUGUGUACACCAAGCUACUGGGCUCUGAUCAUCCUUCUGAGGUUCCUGAGAAGCUCAUUCAGGAUCGGUUUCGGAAGCUAAGCUGUUUUCCUGAGGCUUUCAGCUCAAUUCACUACAAGGGAACAAGGACAUACAAUCCUCCAACAGAUUUCUCUGGGCUUAGGCGAGCUGUGGAGCAGCAGCUGGAGAACAAUACUACUCGGUCACCCAGACAGCCCGGGGUUAUCUACAAAGCACUAAAAGCUCUAAGUGACCGGUUCAGUGGGGAGAUCCCUGAUGACCAGAUGGCUCACAGCUCUUUCUUUCCAGAUGAAUAUUUCACAUGCUCCUCUGUAUGCCUCAGCUGUGGGUGUGGCUGUAAGAAGAGCAUGAACCAUGCAAAGGAAGGAGUCCCUCAUGAAUCCAAAAGUCGAUGCAGAUAUUCUCACCAGUAUGAUAACAGAGUCUACACUUGCAAGGCCUGUUAUGAACGAGGGAUGGAGGUCAGCGUGGUGCCAAAAACCUCUGCUUCCACGGAUUCCCCUUGGCUGGGCCUUGCCAAGUAUGCCUGGUCAGGGUACGUGAUUGAGUGCCCCAACUGUGGGGUGGUGUAUCGCAGCCGGCAGUACUGGUUUGGCAACCAAGACCCUGUGAACACUGUAGUGAGGACAGAAAUUGAGCAUGUCUGGCCAGGGACUGAUGGAUUUCUGAAAGACAACAACAAUGCAGCCCAGCGUUUGUUGGAUGGCAUGAAUUUCAUGGCUCAAUCAGUAUCUGAACUUAGCCUGGGACCCACAAAAGCUGUGACCUCCUGGUUGACAGAUCAGAUUGCCCCGGCUUACUGGAGACCCAAUUCUCAGAUUCUGAGUUGUAAGAAGUGCAACACACCUUUCAAAGAUAACGACACAAAGCAUCACUGCCGGGCCUGUGGAGAGGGCUUCUGUGAUGGCUGUUCUUCCAAGACCCGUCCAGUGCCUGAGCGAGGCUGGGGACCAGCACCAGUGCGCGUGUGUGACAACUGCUAUGACAACAGGGGCAUCCAGUUAGAUGUGGCUGAACUGCCUUCAGAUGAGGAAGGGGGGACACUUAUUGCCAGGAAGGUGGGGGAAGCUGUGCAAAACACGCUUGGAGCGGUGGUGACAGCCAUGGACAUUCCCUUAGGUCUGGUAAAAGAUGCUGCCCGACCUGCAUACUGGGUACCAGAUCAUGAAAUCCUGCACUGCCACAAUUGCCGGAAGGAAUUCAGUAUCAAACUCUCCAAACAUCACUGUCGGGCCUGUGGCCAGGGAUUCUGUGAUGAGUGCUCACAUGACCGCAGAGCGGUUCCCUCUCGCGGAUGGGAUCACCCAGUCCGAGUUUGCUUUAACUGCAAUAAAAAGCCUGGUGACCUUUAACCCCAGGCUGCUCUCCA